GUUGAAAGCAGGCUUUCAGUCCUCUCCUUCAUCACUUUACUUACUAAUAAUUUUACCUCGACCUACCGCUCUCACUCGAACACACUAUGUUGAAGAGUCUCGGCAAGCUCAACAAGAAGGCCUCCUCCGCCACUCUUGGUGCCUCAGACGAGAACCCCCGCUCGACUACUCCUACUCCCAGCAACCCCGGCGGCGUGCCCCGUAGUGGUCUCCUUACCAUCCAUGUCAUAGGCGCUGAAGGUCUUGCUGUGCCAAGCGACAAAUCAGUCCCUGAAGCUGUUCAAGAUGCACUUUCCACGCAGCAAGCCAAAGCUGCUGCAAGCGUGUCGCCCGCCACCGUCUCUCAGAACCGGAAGAAGCACGGAGCAAAGGACAGUGUCCAGCGCGCCCAGUGCUGGUGGCUUCCGUACAUCGUCAUGGAGUUCGACGUCAACCAGAUACUCAUCACACCUUUGGGCGGAGAACUUGAAACGCCCCUGUACAUGUACCAGGCCCAAUUUGAUGUCUCGCGAAGCUCAGAAGUCUCGAUUCAGUGCUACCUCCGUAAGGAGCAGCCAAAGGCUCAGACCGAUGGUCUCGCGGACGACAUGGGUGAUGAUGUGUACCUGGGUGGCUUCACCUUCACGCCAGACUUCGACAACAUUGGUCCUGUUGCUCAAAAUGAGUGGUUCGAUCUCACAGGUGGUCAGGGUAAAAUUCAGAUAGGUAUCAGCCACCAGCCAAGCACUGGUCGCUCAUUAACGAUCGAUGACUUUGAGCUCAUUACCGUGAUUGGGAAGGGCAGCUUUGGCAAGGUCAUGCAAGUACGCAAGCGGGACACGAUGCGUAUAUACGCCCUCAAGACCAUUCGCAAAGCACACAUCGUCGAUCGCAAGGAGAUUACUCAUACACUUGCCGAGCGUCUGGUCCUCGCGCGGAUUAACAACCCGUUCAUCGUGCCCUUGAAGUUUAGUUUCCAGUCGGAGCAGAAACUUUAUCUUGUCCUUGCGUUCGUGAACGGAGGGGAGCUGUUUCAUCACUUACAACGCGAACAGCGCUUCAGCGAGGAGCGUUCUCGGUUCUAUAGCGCCGAGUUGCUACUGGCGCUUGAGCAUCUUCACGAUCUCGAUGUUGUCUAUCGUGAUCUCAAGCCCGAGAACAUUUUGCUCGACUACACUGGACACAUCGCCUUGUGUGACUUCGGCUUAUGCAAGCUGAACAUGAAGGACUCGGACACGACCAACACUUUCUGUGGCACGCCUGAGUACUUGGCGCCCGAGAUCUUGAACGGACAUGGAUACACCAAGGCCAUUGACUGGUGGACCCUUGGCGUUUUGCUAUUCGAGAUGCUUGCUGGUCUUCCGCCAUUCUAUGAUGAGGUAACCGACAAGAUGUACCAGAAGAUCCUGCAAGACCCUCUCGUCUUCGGCCCCGAGAUUAGCGAGCAGGCGCGCUCCAUUCUCACAGGUCUGCUCACUCGCGACCCAACCAAGCGUCUCGGCACCAAUGGCGCGGAGGAGAUCCGCAAGCACCCGUUCUUCGCGGACCAUAUCGACUUCGACAAGCUCCUGCGUAAGAAGAUCCAGCCGCCGUUCAAGCCGAGCGUGUCGAGCCCGGUCGACGUGUCCAACUUCGACACCGUGUUCACUGCGGAGGAGGCGGUGGACAGCUUUGUCGAUGGAAGCCAGUUGUCGCAGACUGUACAGGACCAGUUUGCGGGUUUCUCGUAUGAUGGCUCUUACAUGCCCGUCGAUGCUUAAGGGUUUCUCGGUUUUCUCUUCUAUUUCACACUCCCCCACGUUCGUUUCCCAAACUAAAUCCACAUCAAGCUCUACCUUACCUCACGUUAUAUUACCCACAAGGAUGGAUACGCAUGUCUUAUAAAUAUUAUUACUGGCCUCGUCUCACAGCACCUAUAACUAAACUCACACUCCUUCGUCGUUUACUGUCCUGUUGCUCGUCAUUUGUCUUAGAUAUCCACCCGUUACUCGC